GUCAUUGGAAAAAAAUGUGUUCUUUCACAGACUCUGGCGCUGGGACUCUAAUAUCAACUCAAGUGGAGUGCAGAUCUGCCGGUUUCCACUCUGUGCACAUUUGAUCACAUUUGCAAACUGCAGCCUCAGUCAAUUCAACACAAACCCUCGGGCCUCUCUGCCCCGGCUCACUCUCUCCUCUUCCAGCCAGUCCUGCGUUUUGACCCACUUUUUCGCUCCCCAUCUGCUGUCCGCCACCUGAUAGGACCGCCAGAGACGAUUGUUGUGCUCUUGAUAUCCCCGGCUGACACCCUUCGCGGCAGGUCAGCCUCUCUGCGUCCGCUGCCUGUUAAUUACAAGUGCCACUAUUGUCAGUGUGUCAGUGGUCAGGGGGAAGGCCUCUAUUCACGUGGGCUAUUUUUGCCGUGAAGCUAAAGCACUGUACAGCUCUAGCAAUGGAGACCUGAAUAGCCCUGACUCAUGCAUGCAUUGUCUUGUGACCCCACUGUGUAGAAGGCUUUGUCCCUCCCCACUCUGUGCACAAGCACCAAGAAUUUCUGGUUUUCUCUUUUUUGCACAGUGUGAAACGGGUCUUCAAUGUUUUUUUUCUUCCUUCUUGCCUGUGCUAUUUUUAAUCCACUCAGCAGUAAAUUUGGCUCACAUUGCGUAGCUACAGAAAGCUGUGACGAAUAAGCCGUCACGAUGAGCCCAAUCCCACUCAGAUUCCUACUGCAGUGGGAAUUCUCCUCCCCUCAAUGUAACUACAUCCUCAAUAUAUGCAAAAGGUCACAUUUUACCAGUUUCCAUGUGGGAGCAAAGCGGAUUUCAAGGAAUCUCAUGCCUGCAGCAUCUUAUCUGAUUCUUAUCUGCAAACUUAUCUGAUUACACAUCAAUGCAUAGAUGAUCAUAAUACAGUAAUGCAUAUUAUUCUAAAAUGGGCCACUCUGUAUGUGUACUUUUACUUUUGGUACUUUAAAGAAUAUUUUCACACUGUGGUAUUACUUCUAAAUAGUAAGCAAAUUAAAAAGAUCCGAGUACUUCUUCCACCAUUGACUGCAGCAGAUUUAGAACAUAAUAGAUGUGAAGUUGUAAAGAACAACAUUUUUGAAUCCGCAGUCAGGUAAAAAAAAGGCGGCAAUUAUAACGGACUACCAAAAACAACCAAAACAUUAUCUUGCUUUCGGUCCAAGAGACACAAGCUGCAGAAAAGGUUAGUAAUGUGUAGAGUAAAUACUUCAAGCUGCCGAAUGGGUCACGUUGCAGGACAGAAAUCCACACUCAGCGGGGCAGCAUGUUGAGCUUUUAAUGUGCAAAAGGGACACACUGUUCUUCAGGACACCCUGUGACUUCCUGCAAGCACACUAGACCUGUAGUACGUGAAAAUCAUGGAGCCAGAACCACCCUGUGAACUGUUGUUUGUUUAUUUCAUUCAACGUAACAAGGCAGAAUUCCAUGAACAAUAAAUAUAAUUCCUUAAAUUAAUAAUGCACAACAUCAGUUAGUGGACAGGUCUAAACAUUGCGUUGCCCUUAAAAUAAUAAUAGUUAACUGUGAAAACUUUCCCUUUUGAGUUAUCAAAGUGACACGUCUUAAAUACAAUUAAAUAAAUGUGCUGUUAAAAGAAAUGCUUGGAUUUGGUCAAAUUUUCAUGAGGAAUUCUUCAAGCUGAGCGCUCCGAUCGGUCCACUCCAGCAUGGUCCAGUUCUUGGGAGUCAACUGAGACUCUGUGUCUGCUGUCCUGCGCCUGUGCUCACCACCACGUGUGCUUGUCCGCUCACGAGGUUCAGUUUCCUGUGAAGGCUUCUUUCUCGGCAGAGAAAGGUGCAGUCAUACAUUGGAAAUCCUGGAACCCAGACUGCUGAGUCACUCUUUCUUGGCCCACAUGUUCACCCUGACUCGUAAAUUGUUGUAACGUUUUGCUUCCUUGUGUUCUUUUUUUCUGCCCCUCCCGUCUCUCUCUCUCUCUCUCUGUCUCUGUCUCUCCGGGGCAUUUCCAAAAAGGAGUCCAACACAGACAUUAACACAGGCCUGGUGCAGUUACUUUUCCCCCAAUGCACACAAUACAUUAAUAAUCCAAGCAGUUUCAUCGGUCGGGCAGGUUGAUGACAGGCACCCACUGAUCCAAACAGCGGCUUUCUCUGCAGAAUCUGGUCACUUUGCUCAGCGCCGGGUCCUUCCACAGCGACGACUGGGGAUUCUGCAGGAGAAGGGACAAAGCAUGUUAACAUCUGCUGAUUCGUGGAAUGUGCAAAACAGACGGAAAUGAUUCUGAUCGUAAAAACCAAUGCAGGCAACUGCUCCUUGCAAGCAUCGGCAAUGAACUGCGUACUAAAACUAACGCAGUGAGGGCUUUUUUUCCAGUCUGGUGGAAGUGAGCAACACACAGCAGCACUGUAGCUGACAGACAUGAGUAACGACACUUACGGUAACUAGAACACAGUGCAGGUCCGUGGGCUCCCCUCCAGCUUUCACUCCUCCCAGUAUUUCUGCCAGACGCUGCAUGUUGCUCACCCGCAGGAUGUUGAUGUCAUUCUCGCAGCAGAAAGCCUGGAUCAGGGUGAAAUGAAUCUGGAGAGCCACAUCCUCCUCAUCGUCGGUGGCCAGCAGACACAACACCACAUUGUCUGGGUCCCUAGAAUAGCAAAGACAAGCAAAAAAAGAGUUGUGAGGAAAUGAGUCUCACGUUUUUUUUUACUAACUUUGAGCUGACGUUAAGAGUAACGUUAGUUAUCUUAUUUUUGACUUACGCAUUUAGGGACUUUGCUGCCUCGUAGACGCCAACGGUGGUGCAACCCUGAGGCAACGCGGAGCUCAGGACCUCCUCUAGCGCUUUAGCCACCGAGUCCAUCCUGAGGAAGCAGACAGUAAUACGUUUAUUAAAAACACACCAAACACUUAAAACAACUUAAUAGCUGACUUGUCAUUUCACAAAACAUGUCCCAUGUUAUUCAUUAAUUAUAUUCGCACACAGAAACGCGUAGAGGCAUGACAAUAUGAACAUGUCUGCAUUAUUAAUGCAGUUUAAACACUGAAAUAAUGAACACGUAGCGUUCACGCUAGCUUAAACAACGGACAUUAGCAUAACUAGUUCGGUUGACGCACGAGACACCUUAGCAGUGUUAACUAGCUCACCUUAACGUUACAGUAACGUUAUAUCAGAACAAAAUAAUACCGCUGAAUGACAAGCAGAACUGUCAGUAUGAGAGAACCCUCUCUUUACACACUUAAAUUAAACUGUCCUGCGAAAGGUCUUUGCAACGGUUUAAAAAAAAUAUCGUCCAGUCGGGACAUUCACAUCAAAAACAAGUUAGAACCAAAUGAAUGCAAAGAAAAGGUGCAAAAAGUGAAACAACGGAGGCUAACCUUUCUGACGAAUUAUCUCCACUGGUUUCUUCAAAAGUCAUAUUGCACAUCCGAGCGGGUGGGUAGGACUGUAUAAUAUCCAGAGCAAAAAAAGUGACUCCUUCUGUGUGCUGAGAUGCUCCCCGUGUGCCGGUUGCUGUGUGCCAGUCCAACGUUUCUAGUAGUAAAAUCUACUGGCCCCGCUGCUCAUUUGCAUAAACCGGUCCCGUUGGUCACGUGGAAAGGCACGGUUCAUUUGCACCUUUGUCUUUGUGAGUAUAGCGACGCCCUGUGGCUGUGACCGGCACUACUUCCCACAGUCGAUCACAAAAUAAUUACAUAGCUCUGAUUUGAUAUUUAUUAAAUGGGAAUUAUAGCAGCUUUGGAAGUCAUGUUUCAUUUUAUUAUUGCACGUUCAUAUCAAAUGCUCACUUUUUUCCCUUCUUUUUUUGUGCUUAACAUUACUUAUAUUUCCAGAGAUCUUGUGACAAUAUGUAUGGAUAUGUGAAUAUUGCAUUGUUAAGGACAAUAAGAACAAAACGGUUAAUGUCAAAUAUAAUUCAGUCAGUCAAGUAGCUCUGAGAAUCGUGAUCAGCACAGAGAAUAAGAGUACCUCUAACAUGUCAUAAUUCCAAUAAAAAGUUACAGUAGUAUAAUAGAGUUCAUACACAUUCUAUUCAUUUAUUUAGAGGUUGAUACACAUGUAACUGACAUUAAUAGAUUAAUAGCUAUGGACUGUAGCAACGAGUGGCCUGAGCUUCAGUGAGUUUUCAUAUCUCAUUAUGUGGUUACAGCGCCUCUGGUGGGAAUGUAACAUAAACGUUCAGCUUAGAAGUAGUCAGCGCUGACUAGGAAUCAGUUUCACUGCACCCACGUUCACGGAAACAUUCCUAAAACCGACCGGAGACCAGCUCAACCCCAACUCCAAAUAGCCGACUUUGGCGGUGCGCUGCAUCUUCUCUACCGGCAACGUGGCAAACACUCGGCACUUUAAAGUUCUACUGUUUGUUUUCUUCCCGCCACAUGUAGCCUACAAUCCGAGGACGCGGUUAGUCAUGUGGGCAUUACACAGACAGGACUGGCAGAAUUUUCUUUUGUUGGAAUGAUCCUGGAGAUGGACGUGAUUUCCUCUUUUCCAGCCCUGUGGGGCUGCAGCUGUCAAACUUCUCAGGGCGUGCUCCACUGUUUACUCUCAUCUCACUGACCACACUCAGGCCGGGACACGCAAUACAAAUAGAACAUAGAUGAAGGAUUAUUCAUACCCUGAAUGGUAUGAUUUUGAUUUUAAAGUAUCCAUUGGUGUCGAGGGAGGCUGAUCUUGUGUGAAGGGUUCAUCAUGGAUCACAGAGGUCACCCCCGGCCUGACCCCGUCCCCCACUCUCACAGAACUAAAGACAGAGAGGACUACCAUAGGUAUUCUCAGCAGGACAGAGACCACAGCUACCAACCGCCGAACCCCAGAGAGGGGGACAGGCACUGGGCUCAGACGGAUGCCCGCUACAGGACUCACUUCACCAGUCCUCCUGCCAGACCGGAGCAGUAUCCACACAACGCUCAGCAGUAUCCUUAUGGCUAUGGCCGUCCGGAACUCCAAAGACCCCAGUCCAGGCACGGGUAUGACUAUCCCCCCCACAGCCAGUGGGACUACAGAGACAACUAUGGUUACUAUGACCAUGACUACUAUAGGGGACAAAGCGGACAACAAGAUGCCGGCCAGUGGGGGGCCCAGGACUCCUCGAGAACGGCCCCUUAUCCUGACAGAACAUACAAGCAUGAGCCCUCGGGGAGCUCCUACACUGACGAGCACAGGUAUGACCAAGGCCGAGGCAACUCCCAGCAUUACCUCAACCCCUACGAGGAUAAUCCCUCCAGAGACAAUGAGGAGGUGUCCUCUUAUUACCUGGGGACGUUAGAACAUUCCAAAAACUCAGGGCUGUCCUCCAGCAGCUAUGAGCUGAGUCAGUACAUCAACGGAGCUGAGCACAGCGAGCCCGCCCCACAAUCCGUCCACACGUCUGACGCAGAGCACGGGCCAAUGCACCAGACGUCAGCUCCUCUGAAGUACUCGAUCCCUCACGUGGUCGUGAGCUUUGGGCCAGCAGGCCAGCUGAUACGGGUCACGCCAGGCUUGUCCACACAGGAGAAAGUUAGCCAGCUGGAAAUCCACAGUCUGGAAGUAAUUCUGGGUGAGACAAAGGAACAGCAGGAGAUGAGAUGCUUCCCAGGGCCCUUAACCAGGGAAGAUCUGCACAAAGUAGAUGCUAUAGACUUUGCCCACCAGAGGGCAGGCGCCUGCAUGAGCGGUGACGAGCUGCAUGAUAAGAGCUCUGCUGCCCUCCUGUGGAAUCUACUGAUCCUGCUCUGCAGACAGAAUGCACAAUUAGUUGGCUCGGAUAUCGCAGAGCUGCUGAUGCAGGGCUCACAUUCAGAUGGAAGCUGGGAGUCAGACGCUCCCACACUCAUUGACUUCGGUGACGGUACUACUGCUGAAGCGCCACCUCGCACAGGAGAUGACCUGCUCACGGGAACCUGGAGCAGCUUCAGCUCUGAGAAGGCCCUGCAGAGCUACACUCAACUGCUGCUGGCUGGAAGAAAGAAGGAGGCCUUGGACUCAGCUAUGAGCAGCGGCCUGUGGGGGCAUGCACUGUUUCUGGCCAGCAAAAUGGACAACAGGUCCUACACCACUGUGCUGAACAGGUUUACAGGCCAGCUAACUGCCAGUGAUCCCCUCCAGACCCUCUUCCACCUGCUGACUGGGAGAAUCCCUGUUGUAUCCAUGUGCUGUGGAACUGAAAAAUGGGGAAACUGGAGGCCCCAUCUGGCUGUUAUGCUCUCCAACGAGACGGGAGAUCCUGCCGUCCAACAGAAGGCCAUCGUCACCAUGGGGGACACGCUCGCCUCCAAAGGCCUUCUACAUGCCGCCCACGUGUGCUACCUGACGGCCGGCGUCCCCUUCGGGGUAUUCACGCAGAAGGCAGAGAGACUGGUGCUUCUGGGCAGCAGCCACAGGCAAUCCUUUGAAUACUUUGCCACGAACCUUGCCAUUCAGUGCACUGAAUUGUAUGAAUACUGCCAGUCACUUGGGGGCAAAUGCCUUUCACUACCAUCCUUUCAGGUGUAUAAGUUCCUGUAUGCCAGUCGACUGCUGGACUGCGGCCUCGCAUCUCAGGCCUUUCAUUACUGCGAGGUGGUGGGACGGGCGAUCCUCAGACAGAGGGAGCCUUUCUUUGUGCUGACUGGAGAGGUUGUUAAGCUGUCAGACAGGCUGAGAAACUCCGAGGGUCAGUUCAGUGAAGCAGGUGUUAGCGGAGCCGGGCAGGAACCCAACUGGCUGAGACAGCUGCGUGCCAUGCACCACAGUUUGCAGACGGGGGGAUAUGACUGUACUGAAACAUACCAGCCACCACCUGGGGAAAGUGCUUUGGCCCAUGAGGGUGGCAAAGUGUCCUUAGAAUCGCACUUGAAUGACCUAAACCGUGACAUCCAGAGUCCAGAGCCAGAACUCCUUUAUUACAGAGGCACUGGGGACCAAGCAAACCUUGAGCAUCAAGUUGACGGAAUCACUGAGGAAAUGAACGUGUUAUCGUGGGACGAUAACAGAGCUCAGGACUGGCCGCACGCCAAUUCUCCGAUGCCAGUACCGUUGGUUUACGCUCCUCCAGCGCCCACAGUGACUGCAAGCCAAGCCUUCAGUUAUCAUAACACAGAUAGUGCUGAAGUCAGAGCUGCCUCACCACAUUGUCCUCUGAGUAGUCAGCCAUCAGCAGCAGAGGGGGCGGGGUCGUUCUCUAGAGCAGGCACAAUGGGGGUUCAGAUGCUUGAGGUCAACGUCAGUCGGCAGGGGCAAUUCCAGCAGAGCGGCCAGCAAGGUUCAGAAGGCUCCGAGCAGACCAGCGGACCUCCUAAACAGAGCACCAAAGCCGGAUGGUUUAGUGGUUGGUUCAAGUCGAAACCCAAAGAUCUGCACGAGGAGAGUUCAGAGCAGAGAAGCCCGGCUCAGAUGGAGCUACCACCGACUACUGGCUUCUCUCCUCCUCCCCCGCCUGCCAUGUUUCCACCUCAGCCUUCCUCUGCUGGGAUCAACCCCUUUUCAAGGAAAGCUGCUGGGGUAGAAGCCCUGUCCAGACCAUGAGCCUGUAUCACAGGUAAAUGAAGCUACUGAAAGAUAAAUACGUCUGCACCGUAUUUAAGGACUCAUGUCGUUACUUUGAAACCUUUUGUGUUUGUAGGAUGUGGGGAUAUCAGACCACCUGUCAUUCACAGUGCCUUUAUGUCUAAUGAGAGCUUCACCUGAGCUUGGAUGAACACCUAUAAUAUUCAUUAUAUUUGCCCCCCAUCCCCACCCCUCACGCAUUUCUUAUUAAAGGAUGUCCUUUCAACCCCCCUAGCCUUGCUCACCAUCAUGGUGCAUAUAAAAACUCUGGAUGGACUGGCAUAGUCACUCAUAUUGCAACGAGCGAAUGUGCUCUCUAAUAGCUGACAGCGGGGAAAUGACCAGUGGAUGCAGGACUUAUUUGGGGGAAGGGAUAUCUUAAUUGACCCCAAUAACCAUUUAUGUACAAGAGAUUUGACCAGGACUGCCAAUGCCAGCAACUGACCACCUAGCUAACUGCCACGCCACCACGUGCUGCAAGGGAAUUGGCUCAAUUUACAUUAUAUUUAUGAGUGUAAAUCCAUCCAUCCAUCAUCUUUUUAUGAUCCGAUGUCUAUCCACGCCACUUAAAACACAAUCGUCCAACGAUUAAAAACACAUUCAAACAUAAAUGAGGUGCGAACUGAAUUGUGAUCCGAUGCUGUGUUCAUUUAUUAGCCUCACUGAAGCCAUCCAAGCAGAGUAAGCCUGACUUUGCAAGGCUGGCAAAUUAUUGCACAGUGUGAACAUUAUCUGAUUAUGUUAACCUUCUGUAAAGUGAAUUAUAUUGUUUAUAAGACAUUGAGUUGUGAUGCUGCCAAGAUGGAUGAUACCAUGUGGUGCGAGAGGAGGAGAAGGGGUUGGGGUGUGGGGAGAUUGGGAAAAACCUGUGCCAGGCAAGCACCCAACAUGCCCCAUACACCCACUAUACAGCCAGCCAGUAUUCCCUUAUUGGAUUAAACUGUUUAUGCGCUGAUACUUGCAACGCCUUCAACAAGCUUUAAUAAUAGCACUAUCAUAUAAAUGUCUAUGGUAUGACAAAGCCAAUGUAGGCUCCUUAAGAUGUAUAUAAAACACAGUAAUAUAUGCUAUUAUUGCAUCACCUUUUUUAAUUUUGACUUCUGUCACAUGGCUUUGUGUAUUACAGUAUUUGUCUUUGCUUUUUUUGUAUCUCUGUACCAGCACAUGCAAUGGAUUGAUUACAACUUUAUCGAAGCAAUUGUGCCUGCCAUAUUGAAUAAAAAUUUCUUGCCAAGAAAUAUCUGGGUUUCCAAACGGGGCCUCUUACUUAAUGUAGAACAAGUCAGGCAGGUGCGGUCUCCUUUUACCAUUAGUCGGCAGUAGCCAAGUGUAGCUGGGCCACACUGGCGAGUCGACGGUCACCGCCUACCAAAUAAUGUGUCAGAGCAUAAACGCAUUUAUGAAAGACCCUUUCAAGUGGCAUCCGAAAAAUCUCUCCCAAUAGUGGAAUUCUGACAGGCCGAUUCCAAAAAUAUGAUUUCUCAUCAAGUCAUUCACCAACGUCUGUUUUAAAUGAUCCCCCAGAGAUAAAACAUUAUCAUUAGUACAACAAAAAUAAAAGUUGAUGACAUUAUUUUGAAAUGACCAUUUGGUUAAUAAAUAAUGUUUAUUAAGAUUAAUCUUCAGACAUAAUUUAAUAAGGUGUGCAAUGUUGUUUCCCUUUCAUCCACUAGAGGUAGAGCUCCUACAUGCUCACGAUUGAAAGACUCUUGUACAAACCAAACAUGUUGUGCAUGGCAAUAUGUUUAAAAAGAGCCACAGCUUGACACCUGGCCUUACCUUACACUGAGAUGUAUACUUAACACAUUUAAAGGUUCUCCUGCAUGGAACUAGCUGUACUCCCAGACUGAAUAAUGAAUACAAAGCACCAUGACGAUCAUUCAAGAAAGCAAUGACAGACUUGAUUGGCUAACUUCCCUGAAACAUCAAAACGUAUUAACGUGGUCACAGCAAUGUGUCUCAGGAGGUAUGACUGGCUUAUGUUAGGGCACGUCUGUUGCAGCUAUUGCUGCUUGUGCGUCCAAAAAAACUCGCUCCUCACCAGACAAUUAAAAACAGCCUGCACCUGAGGAUAAGUCAACAUUGAUAAAGCUGUUAGUUGUAUGUGUAUGACAGGCCCUGAUGGGUUGAGAACAUUAAGCUGAUGCUAAAGUUGGGUAUACCAAUCUCUGUGUAGCCGUAAAACUCAGCAUGAGGAAGUGAUGGGCCUUCUGACAUGGAAUGCUCAGCGCCAUAUCCUGCUUGAAUUGAGUUCGCAUGUCCCGACCUUAGCCACCAGAUUCAGAGAGACCCAGGCAUGCUACCACAGCACAGGUUCAUCAUAAUAAACUGCCUGCAUUUCAAUACAUGCAGAGGGCCAACGUUGUGAGAUUAGUGUUAACUCAUUAUUAAUAACUACUAACAUAUCUAUCCUCACUUUAAAAAGGGUCCGAUGCCCUUGUAGCUGCUUUCACGUCACACCAUUAAUCUGUCAGCACCUGUCUUUAAACUGAUUCAGACAUUGGUGUGUCCCUGUGGUUCAGCACAUGCUCAGCCAGCUUUGUAGCGCACUGGAAAGACUUGUCGCACUCCACGCAGACAAAGAUCCUCCCAGUGCACGUCUGCUCCUGAUGAAGCUUCAACAUGGCCAGGAGGCUAAAGCUCUUGCUGCAGCCCGUGCAGUUGUGGGGUUUCUCUUUACUGUGGACGUACUGGUGCCGCACGAGGCGGGAGGCCAUGGCAAACGCCACGCCGCACUCGGUGCACUUAUGGGGCCGCGCUCCACUGUGAAUGGCCUCGUGCUCGAUCAAGUUGGACGACUUGGUGAAGCACUUGGAGCACACCGGGCAGACGUGCGGACGAACUCCGGCGUGGAUCUUCUGGUGCUCUGCCAUGCGACUGGCCAGAGCGAAGGCUUUGCCACAGUCGGGGCAGGAGAAAGGCCUCUCUCCAAGGUGCUUCCGCUCGUGGCGCUUCAGGGAGAGGGGUUUGUUGAAGGUCUUGCCACAGUGCGUGCAGGGGAAGGGCUUGUUGUUGGUAUGCAUGUUCCUCUCGUGCUUCCGCAGGUCAGAGGAGCGAAUGAAAUCCUUCCCACAAGUGUCACACCCGUAGGGCUUUUCACCGGUGUGUGUGCGGAUGUGCUUGCGGUAAUCGGAGGACCAGAUGUAGGUCUUGACACAGAAGGGGCAGUGAUAUGGUCUUUCACCCGUGUGGAGGCGCUUGUGCUGCUGCAGCGUGCCCUGGUGGGAGUAAGCCUUGCCACAUAUGUCGCACACGUGUGGCUUGAGGCCAGUGUGCGUUUGCAAGUGACUCUGCAGGUUGCAGAGCUUCUUAAAAGCCCAGUUGCAGUGGGUGCACUUGAAGGGACGGUGCUCUUUGUCGACUCUGUUACGUUUUUUCAUCGCGACCAAAAGUCGAGGGAUCUUGUCAUCUUCGCACUUUUUAAGCAAUUUCUUCACUGAAGGACUAUGUACAUCCUUUUUUUUGGUCUUAUUCCCGACACCACCUGGAGAAUAUUCCUCAACAUUUAGCUCUUUGAGCUUAGACGCCCUCUGGUUGGCUGAGGCGUUACUUUGUAUCGUAUGGCUCUUUAAGCAGUUAAUUUCCUUCUUAUUCGCAGCAUCCAAGAGCACUUCAUUAGAUCCGCACACUUUAUUGUUCUCAGUAUGUGUAGUGCAUUGUGACAAUCCUUGACUGCUGUUGUCCAUCACGUCUUUAAAUCCCGUGAAUUCUCCCGGUGAAAGUUCAGCAAACUUCUCCACGAGAGACCAGUUCGGUGUCUGAGGAUUCAGAUAAAGGAUUCCAGCUUCACAGCUCUCCGAAAGUGAGUUUGUUCCACAAAUUGCGUCAAAUGAAGAGUCAGUCUUCACAUGCGAAGGGUUCAUUAAGAGCUGUCCACCCGAGAGAGGAGAGGUGACAGAAUGCCUUUCUCGGUGUUUCCUAUUACUUCUCUUUUCAACUGGCCUGUCGGACGUCCGUGGGGAGAUUUCAUCAGCCAUGGUCACUUGAAAUCAUGCCAUGAAAUCAUCUGCAUGAGUUGGGGAGUUCCGGACAAUACGCCUCCUUAAAAAGACCUAAAAAAUACACAGAGCAUGUUAUCCUCAUCUAAGCCUAGUGUGUCUUCAUUAUAACUUAAUUUCUUAAAUAAAUGAUCAUAUCAAAGCCUUCACAUGGAUUAAUUGUUUUAUUGUAUAACUAUUACCAUACAGGCCGGCUUACUACUUACUUUGCGGCUGCAUCCACCAUGACCUUAGGUGUAUCCUUCACAUAGCUUUGCAUCUUGCAGUCACAUGGCACAUGAAUUACCCAAACUUCCAUGUUUCUCCAUAGACUCUCCUUAUGUUCCCAUUUUAAAAAAGUCUCGUGAAUGUUAACUUCCCACAUUAAAAGCAUUUCACAGAGCUAAGCUUACUCUGCGGCCUCCUUCCGAGCAGGUCCGGUUGAGAAGAUGCCACAGAGAUAUCCAAGCCACGGGUCGUGAUGCAGUCGGUGGUGUUAACGGGCGGAGUUUUGGCAGCAGCCGUCUCUGGGACUUGGUCAGCAUCUAUCCUGCUGGUCAGCAACACCAGUGAUAUCUCCACAGCCUGGCUCAGCUUACCUUUUUAACUGACUUAGCGCAUCGCCUGUUUGCAUAUAGCGAGUGAGAAGGUUUCACAGAGAACGUCCCAGACCUACGUUCAUAGGAAUACAAACAACCAAUACGUCAACUUUCGUCCUUCCGCCGUAUCGGUGUAGCAGGUUGGCAGCGCAUUGGUAUUUUAAUGAACUAUUAAGUUAAAAGGUCUCGCGUGCGUUAAUUAAUUUAGCCAAUUAAAGCAAAUGCCAGAAAUGGCAUCAUGUAUGUAACCUACAUCACAUUACUAAAUAUGCUACUUAAGUGUUUUACUGUGUCAUUUACAUUGACACGGCCCGUUUUCAGUGAUGGAAUUUGUGAUGGAACUGUCUAAGCUUUCAUUCCUAUUUUAAGCUCAUGUGCAGUUUCUUAUAACGGCCUCAACGUGUCGCUGUUUACUUGCUGUUGUUAUGAACCCACAAUCCACAGAUUGUGGAAAAUCACCGGCUCCAUUCAACAACAAGAGAAAUCCGUGGAGAUCUCGUUUUAGGCCAGCCUUUAUCUCAUUGUGGCCAUGUGUAUUGUUUACGCAGAACAGAAUGUUCUCAAUUGAUAAAGAGAGUAAAACGAUUUCUUUUAAAAUAUCUUUUCAUGGAAACAGAGUUUUUUUUUAGUAUGUGUCCAAUUUAGGACUUUGAAGAAAAAACGGUUGAAUGGUUUGAAUUUGGUGUGACAUGUUCAGCUCUCAAGAUGACAAAUAAGCUGCAAUUGCAGUUCCUUCAGUAGGUGACCUCGUAUACCUUUCCUAUUGAUGAUUUGGGAACAAAAUCAUGUUGCAUUCAGUGAGGAGGAUGUAGUUACUCGGCACGCACUUAUCAAUAUUAAGUAUUGUUUUUAUUCUCAAGAACAGGCACGUAUCAUCACCUUUAAGAAAUAUUGGCUUCCUUGUAGGUUUCCUCGUACUGCAUCUUUCCUGAAUGUCCCGAUCAGACAGUGCCCUCUCUCUUACACCGUAGAGACGAACAGGCCUCACCCAGCUUGCAUGUAUUAAGUAAUUGAGUAGUUCUCGUGAGACUCAUGUCGUGAUUGAAUGGACAAUGCUGGCACUCAGUGCAUUUUCCCAGGAGAGCAGACUGAAAUUUGACACUUACCAAAUAACCUUCUCAAAGCUGUGAUGCACCUUCUUCGUCGACACAUAUCAAGUUUUAAUCUCCGUCGACUUCCUCCUGCGUAGUUUCCCACACAACGACACCACAAACAUACUGUAUUAUCAACAAAAGAUGAAGACAAAAAACACAGUUGUGUGUUUGUGAAAUUGGAAAAUGAGCUGUAGAAUACAGUAAAAGCAAAGUAAUUGUUGGCCGACAUUAUGACUGGCAUAUCCUUUAUGUGUCUCUGCUGUUGUGCAUGUGUGUGCACUAUGCAGUGUGCAAGGAGUUUCAUCUCCAUUUGAAGUCAUGACUCGUCAAAACAAUGUAAGUUGUUUCCAAAGGAUUACAUUACAAUCCAGUUUGUAACUUUUACCUGUUUGUGCAAAGAAAAGUUGCAAUUAAGUGAAAUAAAGUCAGUCAGAGGGAGUCGAAGUGUUCUCAACUCCUGCGUCUUUGUUUUCGUCAACUGGAAGCUGUCACAACAAAGCUGUGGUGGAUGAUACACAAGUUUUUUUUUUAGUGACGCAGUAAAUGAACCGGGAUGCUUAAGCUGUACUAACAUGCCGUAUGAGGAGCAUCACCCAGGAACUCCCUGUUGGGAUUCAAAAGAUUGUGGUUUGUUGGUUUACUGGGUGUUCCUUUCCAGUUAGGAAAGUUUCCUCAUGAUCGCGUCAAAGACAUAAAGGAGGAGGACAAAUACAUGCUUGCUUGCGCUGAAUUUGAGAAGUCUGAGCUUCAAACACAUGCUGUCCAUUCAUAUGAAAGUAUCACUUCACAACAUUAUGGUAUUUCUAUUCAUCCUGACUGAAUUAGCAGGACACGUGUAAUCUGUGAGGACUAUUUGUCCCUGCAGCCGUUGGCCUUAUAAAUAACUCAAUGUGUUUUUUAUAUUGUGUUAAUUGAUUGUUUGAUGGUUAUGUGGUUACUUGGGGAUAAUAAAGAUAUUCUUGACCCUUGAUCCAAUCAAAGAGGUCAAAACAGUUCACAUGCGUUUUGUUAGAAAGUUGGACGUAUACGUAACUCACUGGCACACUGCACAGAAAAAAAGUGCAGAGUCAUUCUGUAGGAGGGGCGGUUCUUGGAUUUCACGGUGGAGUAGAGUAGACCGCCUUGAUUGAGAACAUACCAGAUUUGGAAAUUUUCCACAGAACACAAGGUGUCCGGCUGUGGAAAUAGUUGGAUUUGCUUCGCUAAGGAUCCAGUUGCAUGAGUCGUACCAUUUACACGACCCACUUUGAACCUCUUAAUGCAGACUUUAUACUAUCCAGUACAUUCUUUCCAUGUAAAUUUGGCUUUUUGGGUGAUUUUUUUCGUGCAGCUUUGUAGCCUAUUUUAAUAGAACAUAUUUGAUUUGUCUUGUAUUAUCGCACAAAUUAAAUUGCUGGUGGAAUGAUUUCUUUUGUGUCUUUAAAGCUACACAUUUGUGGCCAACAAUGACUUGUUUGGUAAAUCAUAUAUCAUAUUUAGAAGAAAGCUAACAAGCUUGGCACUGCCAAUGGCAUGCAGAACGGACAAAUCUAAUGCAAGUCUAAAAAUAGUACAAGGAACUGUUGUCCUAAAGCACUUAUCUGAUCUCAAAGGACACGUGAGAGUGUCAGAGAGCUGGGAGGGUUCCAGUGUUUUCUAACAUCGUCUCCUAAACUGCAGGAUCCCAGUUGAUGGGCAGUCUCCCUCAUCAAAGUGCCACCUUGCUGCUUUCUCUUGUCUCUCCCUUUUUUCAUAAAUCAUCCCAACUGUGGAAGUAAGUUAAAGGAAUAAUGGUAUUCUGAGUCUACAAAGUCCCUAACAUGGAUCGUCAGGAUAGCAAUUAUCAAUUCGGGAGGCUUAAAAACAGAGGCGGAGGCUUUUUAUUCCCAUUCACCAACGAUUUGCCCUUUGUCUUUUAAAAAAGCCCUUGUACCUAUCACAGCUGAAGGACUUUAUUCUCUGCUCUAUUGUGACUGUGCCUGCCUUUUUUCUAUUAACAUCUAAAAGGGACACUUUGGGAACUACUCUUGAUUGCUUUCUUGUUGAGUCAGAUGACAAAAUAAAAACAGAAACUGAAAUUUUGGGAAAUAUGCUAAUUCUCUUUCUCUUCCUUAGAUGAGGAGAUUGAUGUGUGAUGUGUGAACUGAUGUACUUAGCAUUGUUCACUUGUGAUUGGAUCACCCAAAACAUAUUCAAACAUUACAAUGCAGGGCCACUCAUUCUCUCGUUUUUGGAAAGUGAAAAACAAGGGGUGUUAACUGGCAUUACAUCAAAACUUGCAAAAGUCAGCAAAACCAAAGGAAGCAUUGAGUCAGCCUGUCUUCAGUGGAUCUCAGGCUUUAAGGCAAAAAGGAAUCAAAUUGGUCCAUUUGUCUCGGGCUAGUUUUCUUUUUUCGGACAGCAUGCAGGCUCAAUACGUAGAGCAUGAAACAGACAUAACAUAGAUAAGAUGUUGAUUGGGCACUGAACACUGAAAACACAUGGCAGAAAGAACACGAAGAAAUGUAAAAGGUACAGCUGUAUCAGUACCUUUUCCCAGAACUGCAGAUUGAGGUGUUUUUUAUGUUAGCCUACUCACGUCAGGGCCAUGUCUGUGUCUAGUUUCUGUUCACUCUUUUCUUACUGGUGUGACCAUUGUAAAACUCCAUUAUCUUCGUAGCUGGAGGAUGGGGGUGGUGUUGCCUUCACGAUUCCUGAAGGCCGGGGCAGCGG